UAUUUUAUCGAAAUUUUGCCUAGUCGUCUGCUACGUUGAAGUUGUCAAGUUGUGUAGUUACUCAGUAAAAUCGGGUCUCUUUUGUAUCAAUUAUUACCAACAAGGAUACGAUUUAUAAUUGAUUAAUGUAUCUAGAAUAAUACGUUCAUGGCGGACACAAACAAGAAAUUUCAAGAGGGUCUAGAACUAAUUAAAUCCGCAGAAAAGUUUUUGAAGACAUCUUUGCUGAAAUGGCGACCGGAGUAUGAGUUAGCUGCUGAGGAAUACAACAAAGCAGCCACAUGUUUUCGCAUUGCCAAGUCUUUCGACCAGUGUAAGGAAUGCCUGCUGAAAGCCGCCGAAUGCCACAAGCAAAAUCGAUCAUGGUUUCACGCAGCAAAGUGUAUAGAGCAGGCGCUGUUGGUCAGCAAGGAGGUGGGAGACCUGAGGGAGGUGACACAGAUGGCCGAGCGCGCCUGCAGCUUGUACCAGCAGCACGGCUCGUGUGACGCUGGUGCUUCAGUGCUGGACAAGGCUGCCAAGAUACUGGAGCAGACCCAGCCUGAGGCAGCUCUGGCUUUGUAUCAGCGAGCUGCCGACGUCUGCAUGGGCGAAGAUAGCACCAGACAGGCAGCUGAAUAUAUAAGCAAAACUGCCAGAAUCCUUGUUAAACUGCAAUUGUAUGAUAAGGCAGCCCACGCCAUUCGCCAGGAGAUAGGGCUGCACCAGCAGUCCGAGCACUUACCAGCUAUUGGCCGGCUGGCCGUGGCGUUGGUGCUCGUACAGCUAGCCCGUGGAGACACUGUAGCCGCUGAGAAGGCUUUCAAGGAGUGGGGCAACUGCUGUGAAGCACCCGAGGUACAAACCCUGGAGAUGCUUUUGACUGCGUAUGACGAGGAGGAUCCAGAAGCGGCACUCCGAGCUCUCAACUCUCCGUUCAUCAAACACAUGGACGUGGAGUAUUCACGACUGGCACGUGACUUGUCUCUGCCCAAGGGACCGGACGUGGUGCCACCUAAAGCUUCAGUGAUACCCGGCGCUGCACCGUCCUACGUCUCCCCCAAUGCUAAGGGUGGCCAGGGCGAAGAGGCCAAGAAAGGAAGUGAUGACGAGUAUGAUGAGGGUCUGUGUUGAACAACUCAAGGUCAACAUAGUUCAAGGUCAUCGGAUCUCAAGUUCGGCAAACAGAUGAUGCAUCAACACAACUCUUCACUCCACCUCUGGUUUUACCAUUCUCUUUGCGAAUACACAUGGUUCGUCACAUACAA